GAUCAAAUAAAUAUUCAUAGUUUACACGCAUAUCUUGGCAGCCAUUUUGAUGGAAGCCAUUUGCAAACUAGAAAUAAUUUAAAUUUUUUGUAUAUUUGGAUACAAUUACCAAUUAUGUGAAGAUUCGUCAGUGUCCUGUACACUGCUCCUUUUUGGAGAUGUAUGAGGGGAAAAAUAUCCACUAUUCCUCAUCGGACAAGAAGCCCUUGUGUUCAUUCAGUUCAAAGGUCUGUAACCAACAUCGGCUCAAUGGCUACGCUUUUUGUGUGCGGCACAUCCUGGAGGAUCCAACAGCACCCUUCAAGAGAUGUGCCUACAUGGCCAAAUCCAGUAAACAGAACUGCACACAGGCUAUUCCCGAACAUGAAGACAGACCGUACUGUAACAAUCACAUGCAAGUACUGGGCAUGCUUCCACGGAAGGAACGGAAGAAAAAAGAAAAAGAGAAAGAAAAGGAGACGGAAAAACCUGUUGUCGAUGAGGUUACACUAACUCCUGUUCCACUUGAAAACAAAACUGUGUUUAAUAAAAAUCGUGUCAAACCAAAGUUUGAAAAUCGGAGACUUCACAUGUCAAAACUACACAUGAACAAAGACAGUUCUGGUAUGGAUGACCCAGAGGAUCCAUAUGCCUUCCCUGAUACUGGUAAUGAAUCUGCAACGAAGGUCAACAGCAGUCCGUUGUCGUCCUCGGUCAAUAUGGAGACACUAUCAGUGACAACAUCUAACUCUAGUGGGGGAAAAUCCCCAGGAGGGGGUGUUGACCAAGGUGGGGUUUCCUCAAUUGCAAAGCUUUACCCAGAACUAGCUGAGAAACUAGAGAAAAUAAAACCAAAGUUUGACAUAGUAAAAGGUAAAGAGAAAGGCAAAGAACGCAGUUCAAGAACUAUGAAUAUUCUCCAGUCAAAGAUAGCACAAAAUCGAAUCAAAGACAAAAUGAAGAAAAAUCAAGAGUCGUCGUCACAGUCUCAGUCCCCAUCCCAUGGUUAUAACAACUGUGUUCCAAACAGUAUCAGCUUGUCACACAGCACUCCUAAUCACUCGGACCACGGCGACAUGGGCGACAAAACGCCUAACAGUGAUCAAGAUGGUUUAAGUCCUCUUAGCUCAAAUGGUAAUAUUUUACCUGGACAUACACACAGUCGUAUAGGUCCUUCACAUCCGCUUCCCUCACCUACACAUGACAUGAAACGCUCAUCACAAACUCCCUUCUUGAUGAUGCCACAACAGAUGCUUCCUGGCCCAGGGAUUCCUCCUCCAACUCGCACUCUCCCACCAGAGGGAAUUCCCCAUGGUAUGCUAGCUGAGAAUCUACCAGGAAUGCCUCGUGCAGACCAUCUCCCUCCACACUACUCAAGGGUACACCAAACUCCUUCAUUACCGCAUACUGAGAAAGUGGGCCCAGUCUUGCACAAUCUACAGCAAGAAGCCUUGGAUCAUUUCCCAAUUCCUACAAGCACGCUACCUCUGCAAAGUCUUUCCCAUGCCCAGCAUCAUCAUCAGUUAAACAACAUGGUUACGCCGACUCCUGUAUCAAUACAGUCUCCACACCUAUAUCCUCAUCACCGUCCCUCCAACCCUUCCCAUCAUCACACUACAAGUACAUCUCAAAGGGAAGUACAUCCUCCGUCAAUUAAUGCACAACCUUUACCGCCACCUCCUCCCCCUUACAGAAAAUAUCCUACAAAUGUUUCCAUGACAAUGGCCCCAGCAGUGACAAUACCUACAGUGUCAACAAGUAUGUUCAUGUCACCAACGGUAAAUACAUCCACUGCACAUCCAGAGGUGGGGCUUCAAAAGGGACAAGUUAAUGAACUGCCCCCACCUCCUCCUUACUCCUCUACAAUGUGUGCUACUCUUCAACCCCCAACAGUUAAGAAGAGAUCAAAGUCAAAGCCCAAGACAUGGUCUAUAAGUGCUCCUGUGAUAUCCAAAUUAUUUUCAUCAGAGGCUUUGAUGAAACCUCGUUCGCUCAAACAUGUACUACCUGAAGCAGAUGUGUCUACGAGGCUCCACAAGAAGAAGGCAGCUAUCGAAUACUAUUGGAACUAUGUCAAAUGGAAAAUGCAGAACCACAGUUAUCUUGGUUCCGGUCUAAGAAGUUCAGAUGAAGAGGCUAGUGAUGACGAAAACAGUGAUUUAUUGCCCUGGCAACCAGAAUGGUUCACCGUAUCCUCGGACGAAGAGGCAAAUGAGGAUGAUGAUGACCAAGAUGACUCUUUGAGAACAGCAAAACUAGCUUUAAUUCGGGCGAGGUUGCGACGCAGAUGUUUUCAAUCUCGCAAAUCUUACCGUGCCAACACCUCUGAGCGACUGCGACAGAAGACUGCAACACUUGGUCUGAUAGAAGCUGCUCGUGAGGAAUCAAAAUCUGCUGUUAAAGCUUUACAUGAAGUCAAUUGCUAUGAAACCCCACCAGUGGAUGUAUACAAAAUGAGGGGGCUACUGGAAAGACAAUGCUGCCAUAAGAAUGAUGAUGACGUUCAGUGUGAACAUGAUGUUUUACCCUACGCCAACCACUGUUUAAAACACAUUAUGUACAAUGUUGAUCAACAACUGUUUGACUACUGCACAGCUAAGUUUGCUGACAACACCCAGUGUUGUGUUCCUGUCAAUGACUUCAAACAUGAACUCCCUCUUUGUAUGGAGCACGGUCUCAAAGCUGACACAUAUUUGGAUGGAGAUGCUGAAUUUAAACCAAAGCGGCCAAGAAAAAAGACAAAGCCAUCUGCACUAACGCGACCGCCAAAGAAAGGCAAAAAGAAGAAGAAUCAGAGGAAAAAUAUCCGUCCCCAAAAACCGUCUCCACCAUCUGAACCAACUGGUUUGACAGAAAUGCCUGCGAUUGAUACUAGUCUGUUAGAUCCUGAGGAAAAAGGAAACACUUCUGAUGCAGACAUGUCAGGAAUGUCCAAUCCGGAUUUGAGUCAGACUGGCUCGGAGACGGAGAUGUUUAACGAAGUGUCCGAGUCUGAUGCACAGCCAGACAAAGCGGCAGAGGAUAGUACAGAAGUCAGUAAAACUGUAGAAUCUGUGGAAUCACCAUUGCCAAAGGAAACAUCGGACAGACCAAGUCUGACCGAGCUGCCAGAGGCUGCCCUCAGUGCAUUAGAUAUGGAAAAAGGCCUAGAAUUACCCCUUGAGCAGGCAUCUCGCUUACUUGAAGAAACAGACUUCCAAGAUGUGUUCAACAAAAUUCCUGAUGAAACGUUUGAUCUGUUUUCAGGUAAAAAUGGUGACGUGAUGAUGCCUACUCAUGAGGAUGUGGCCGAGUUGGAACGCCACAUUGCAGAAGCCAACAUUGACAUCAGUGUGGCUCAGCAGGCUAUAGAGAAACUCACCAAUGGGGGUAUGGAGUUAGAUGAUGAACAACUUAAACAGAUUGCAGCAUCGCUGCUUGGGACUCCUGUGAACAACAUGGCAACUUCAAACAAUGCUGCUCCUACACCUCCUACCCCUGCUGCAACUACAGCAACUGGGGAAUUGUGCAAUGGAAUAUCACUCGAUAGUGGUAUCAAUGAUCACGACAUGAACCGGACACUACCUGAUAAUGUGGUGAUGGUGAACAGAAAUGCAGGGUCUAGCCAGGCUGGGGUUAGGGUGACAGUUAGUAGUUCUACUGGUAUGUACCAGGCCUCGGGCUUUAACCCCAAGGUGGACCGUCGAACAUUAGUUAAUAACAGGGAAGGAUUGGUAGCAUUAAAUGCUGCUGCUGCUGUUGUAAACACACAGAAUGCCAGCCAGCAACAACAACGGUUCCCACAUCCAUCUAUGGAACUACAAGGGGCACCUAUGGUGGCAAACCUGCCUCAGUCAUUUAUAAGUCAUCAUCAGAAUACACUGCCAAAUUUCACUGCAGGACAGGUAAUGCCAGGGCAGUCCAAUUCUCAUCAGCAACAACAACAACAACAGGUGUUUCUACAGCAACAGUCCCGUGAAUCCAUACCAGGGAACAUUCCCAAUAUACCUCUACAGCAAAUUGUGUCCGUGUCCAAUGUGUCCAAUAUCCGCAUGCCCAAUAUGAACUCUGUGGGUAAUCAUCUUGGCAUUGACAACCUUCAGAAUGUAAUGGUCACAUCAGAUAAAGGACAUCAAAUUAGUUCCUCCCCCCAACAGACUUCCCACCCUGGCGGUCACAUCACUACCACUUGGCCAGCAAAUCUGGCCAAUGUGAUCAGCUUCCAGAAUGGUUUCCCUCUACACAAUACAGGGUCUUUUCAGCAUGUUAAUGACAUAGCAGCCAGUCUAAAGUUCGGUGUGGGCUCCCCGCGUGUCAUACCCAGUGAGCUGAAACAGGAUAUGACACAACAGUACCAUCAAGUGAUGGGGUCACCACAUUCCUCACAGACCGGUGUCCGGCCUGCGGCACCACCAUCUCAGGCAGUGUACGAGGGUCAGCAGGUCCGACCCGGGUUCAGUAGACUGUCGCCUCCUUUUAGUGCAUCAACAGGAAAGGGCUCCUAGCAGAUAAUGACUCAACAAUUCUGCUCAAGUACAUGUUGUGUUACAGUUUUAGAGGAGAGUUUGCUGGUAAAGUGUGAGUGUGUUUGAGAAAUAUAUAUUGAGAAAGUAAUUGAUAGAACUUUGAUAUAGUUUAGUCUUUGAGACAUCAUGCACAUUAAUUGAGCUAAAUUCAGAGAAAGAUAUCAAAUUUAUACUAUAGAUUAACUGAUAUUUCUGAUAUAUAUAAGUUUCAGGCUGUGUGUUUUGUUUUAAUUGUUGUUAAACAGCAUUCGUUUUUCUGUUUGUGUCGGAUUAUGUGAGGAAACCAUAGAAUUAAUUUCCAUUUUUAAUGUUUUAGAGGUUUUGUCAGGCAGUAACACAAAGUUUGCAAAUAAAGAAGCUUUAAUUAUAAUUAAUCAAAACAUGCAAAGUUACAAACUUUUUCUCUACAAAGUAACAUUUUCAAAUCUGUGAAUAUGAUGUGUGAAUUCUAAUUGUAAGUAAUCAUUCAAGCAUGUGAAGAAGCAAUUAUAAUCCAUAAUUCUAAAUCUUCUAAACAUGACAUAUUCACUUUUUUCAAAAUUAACCACGUUUUCUACGCACAAACACGAAACUUUGGUCUUUCUGUUUAUGAACAGAAAUGUUUCUAGAGUAAGGACAGUACGUGUAGUAUGUAUUUAACAUUGUAUUGUGUAUCAACAGAGGUUAUAUUGUAGUGAUUCCUUAAUUUGGUAUUGUUUGAAUUCAAAAUAUUCUAAUUUGUCUUUUGAUUAUCGGUUACAUGUUAUAUGAUGUAUGCAUGUUUGUUAUUCUUUGUGUCAAAUUUUUAUUAAUAUAGUUAUAGUGAAGUUGUGAUUUAAGUAUAUAGUUCUCUGAAUUUAGCUGACAGUUGCUGGUGUUGUUCUGGAUUUUUUUGUAGGACAGAAGCAGAGAUCUGAUUUUUUUAUCAAAAUUUGUUAAUACAAUGUUUACAUGUUAACAUGUAAGUACAGGUGCUGAAGGGACUUUAUAUUGAAUCUUAUCGUGGCAGGUCAUCAACAAUCAAAAAUCGCGCACAUUUGGUGAAAUUGCCAUGUUGGAUUUUGUGUUAAAUGUUAAUGUAGCAUUUUAUAAAACAAUAUAUCUUAUAUAUAUAUCCCAGUCUCUUGUGAAGGUUUUCAAGAAUUAUGUUGAAUGUGGUUUCUCUCCGCUUGAUAUACAUACUUGUUUUGAUUCUCUCACUCAUAUUUAUAGGCAGCAGUUCAAUAUUAGGCUAUAAAAUUCUCCAGAAAAUUUAAAGACAAAUCAUGCGGCCAUUUAUAUCAACCUUGCAUACAAGUCAUAGAUGUCAUUUAAUGUUUUUCCUAAGUCCAUACAAGUAGAAUCAAAAGCUUUGGUCAUAAACAAGACCAUUGUAAUUAACAUAGUACCAGAAUCUAUCGCUUACAAAGCAUAGUCUUGAUUUCUGUGGUUGGUGAUCGUAAAAUAAUAUUCUCUAUUUGAAUAACGUGGGGUUUCUUUGUUCAAGGUAAGUGAGCUAUAAGGAUUGCAUUGUGUUCACUUGUCAAGGCUGUAAGUUACACCCUACUUACCAUUAGUACUCUAAACAUAAGGGAUGGGUUUACCAGGUGAGGCAGUGUUAUACGAACACUAGGUCAUCAACACCUACAUUUUUUUACCUUUUACUGUUCACUGUAACUUUGGGGCACGAGUUUACCAAUGGGAGGCAAUAUGUCGUAUAUUAAAAGUAGGUCUACAUUAUUUAGACCUUUGGCCUAUCGUUCUAUUGGAGAUUUAUGAUCUGAUAGGUAUUAAAGUUUGGGAAACAGUGCCCCCCUUUUCUGUUAUUGUAUCUACAGUUUAUCAGCAAAUUUAAAAAAAAUAAAAAUCAGAAUAGCCUAUAUUGGUACAUUAAUGCAAACAGAUAUAUUUUUUCAGGUAUGUUACAGACAGUAUGACAUAAUAUUUCUUCCGAACAACCAUUCCUUUAAUCAUUUAAUCAAAAGCCAUUAUGGUGUUUGUACCAUAAGCAAUUAAGAUUUAACUACAUGCGUAAGUAAUGAAAAAUUUUACCAGUCUUCAGAGUAACAUGAUAUGGGUACAGUAAUCAAAAAAAUAUCUUGUAUUAUGUAGUGAGGUAAUGUACUAUUUCUAUACUUCAAGUAUAUACAAAAAUUCCAUGCAUAGACUUCUUGUUAGAUUACUUUUAAUAUUUAGAACAUUUCAAAGUCUAUCUUUUACUGAGAAACUGGGAAAAAAACAAUGUAUGUAUUGUGUUGUGAGAGACAUUCAUUGUAAAUGUUGUCAACCCGUCACCACUGGGUCAAGAUACUUUAUACAGUUUUGAUCUCCGGCAGUGUUGAUUUCACAUCAAUUUGAUAAUCAAUCCAAUUAUUUAAUUACUUCAGUACCAUGCUGUUCCUUAAGUGUCCACAUCCCACCCCAAAACUUUUAAAGUUUUUUGGGUAAAUUUUUUGAAAAGAUUUAAAGCUCAUUAUUAUAUAAGUUCAUACCUUCGUCAGAGCUCUAGGAGUGAUCAUGAUGUUAUGUCAAAAUAAGGUGGAAAUAUAUAUAUAUAUAUUUACCGGUAUAUGAUUAUUGAAAACAUUUUUUUUAUUAUUUUACCAUGUUUUGGACUUCACUUCAUCAGAACUACUUUAAAAGUUUUAAGUACUUGGAAAGUAUCUAAAUCCAUGCAACAAUUCCAUACAUUCCACACCCUGUCUGUUUGAUAUUUUGCGUUGGCUGCCACUUGUGAGCUUCGCAAUCAUUGAUUACACUUAUUUGAAUUGCCUGGUUGAGAAUUGUUCUAUAACGGUGUCUCUGGACUCCCAGGUGUGUUACAUAUUUUUUGUACUCAUUGAUUCUGUGAAAUUAACACUGCCUGGAAUAUAAGCCUUAUAAAGGAAAUAAUCUGAUUUGUGCCAUGUAUACUGCUGUUUUAUAUCCUUCCUACCCCUACAAGCUAGUAUUGUAUGGGUCCACUUCUGUGGCCGGGAGGGUCCAUUGUGAUUAUGGAGGGAUCCAAUAACAGGCUUAGUUCAAAGAUGUUGCAUGUCUCAUACAUAUGUAGUUAUUGUCCACUGUGUAAAGAUCUUAAUAUAGCUGUCUAACUUGUUAAAUCUUCUACCAAAUACUCUUUAUCAUCAAUAGAUGUCAUGUCAUCCUUUUUAUACUGUUCACACAAUUAAGUAGUUUCUUUGUUUGAAUAAUAUUUUGAAUAUUAUAAAACAUUCAAUUGGAUACUUUAUAAUUUUAAACUGUUGUAAUUGAAAUUUGAGAAUGUUUUCAUUGGAUAAGCACUGCAUCAGACUUCAAACCCAAUUCCCUUGGUUGUGUAUUACAGGGUAGAUACAUUGUUUCAUUUCCCAGUGUAUAGAAAGGAAAUGCUCUUAACAUUUAAAGAAAAUAUUGGUACCGUACAUGUAUACUUAUCAAAAUUAAACACCAGCUUUCAUUGAAAGAUUACCUUUGGUAUCAUAGAGUAACAAUCUAAAUAGAUUAUAGGUGAUGUUAUAAUGAUAAAAAAACAAACAGGUUGUUUUAUACAAUAUUGAGCAUUCUUUAUAUGACAGGUACCUGAAAUAAAUUUGAUCUUAAUACGAUUGUGAUCUGUAUUGGUAAGUGAUCUAUCUCCUCAAGUUCAUUAUUACCAUCUGAUAAAUUUUGAGACUUGCAUGAGAAUUUUGUUUAGUCACUCAUUUAGUUGUGUAACAGAAAACAUUGUUGUAUACUGCUCCAGCCAAAAAAUCUUUUCUUUCUGUCUCAUGCAAGUUUAUUUGCAGGAUUAACUCCUAAUUUGUUUUGUGGAAAGAUCUUCAUUUCUUAUAGGAAGCUUAAUAAGGUCACAUAGAUUUUGGUUUAUUACCCAUAUUUCUUCAUUAAACCUCACUGUACUUGUGCUUUUUAACCCACCAGUCUGAAAGGCAAGUGAGCUUAUACCUUGAAGUGGCAUCCAUUCACUUGGACAACUCCUUCAAUGAACUGAUUUCUUAUCUAUGGAACUACACGUGCCUUUUUCAGCAUAAAAUUUUAGUUGUCAUUCUUUCCUGAUCACUAUACAUACUGUAUACAAAAAAGUAUGUAAAUAGAACCGGUGACUUGACACACAACAUUUUGACAGGUCUUUUCUGGAUAACCUCUUCUACACAUGAAACUACACAUGAGUGUUAAGGACCAUAUUAUGGAGAUGUGUAUACACUUUGUUUUUUGAAAAAGUUAUGGUGCCAAGGUGACCCAAUCAAUAUACACAUGCUUUGUGUUUCAAUGCCCAUAGCUCAACUUGAUCAACUUGAUUCAAGCUUAGUUGAAGGUUCAGUAAAGGAGAAGCUAGAUUCAAGCUUGGUCGAAGGUUCAGUGAAGGAGAAACUUGAUUCAAGCUUGGUCGAAGGUUCAGUGAAGGAGAAACUUGAUUCAAGCUUGGUCGAAGGUUCAGUGAAGGAGAAACUUGAUUCAAGCUUGGUCGAAGGUUCAGUGAAGGAGAAGCUAGAUUCAAGCUUGGUCGAAGGUUCAGUGAAGGAGAAACUUGAUUCAAGCUUGGUCGAAGGUUCAGUGAAGGAGAAACUUGAUUCAAGCUUGGUCGAAGGUUCAGUGAAGGAGAAACUAAUUAUAGUGGUAUACAUCUUGUCCAUAUUUUCCUUAAUUUGUGUAAACAUUUGUGUUAUUUAAGUUGGUUAAUGAACUUAUCUGAUUUCUACCAAUUAAAUGUACCGAUAUAAUAUACAUGAUGUAUAUAUGAACUCCUCAUUAAAUGUACAUUGUAAGCGUUGGGCCACUGGGGUUAUCAGUUAACCAUUGGUUUACAGUUCUAGUUGUGGAACUUGCGGCUAUUGAGUCCAGCUGCUAUGGUUUUUUGUUAUAUGUUAAAUUCCCCGUGGUUUAAUGGUCUAAUGCAGUGCUUUCCCAGUCAAUAACUGACUUCCCUUGUGCAAUAUUCAUAGUCAGUUGUGAAACUUCCAAUCGGAAUAUUUUCUAUCCAGGUCUGUGUUAUGUUUAUUUAGCAUGGACCAGUUGCUGGCCAUUUAAACACCCAUUUCAUUUUACUGCUGCAUCGUUAUAGUUUUCGUCUAAAUGUCUCAAUCAGAUUUUGAAUGAUUUGAUGCAGAGUAAAACCUGUUUGACUUUAUACAUUCUUUAAGGAAAUAACCGACAUGCCCCACAACAUUUUAAGUAUUUGUGGUUAGUUAUUGGAACUUUGCAUGAGUAAUGUAAACAUUUGAAAUUUUCUCAAUUUUGUCAGAUACUAAAAUGAUUGAGUAGAAAAUACUCCGAAUAUUUUCAGGCAGAUUUUUAGACAGACUUAUAAUUUAUGUAUUGCAAUUUAGGUAGUGCUGGUCAGAAUCAGAUCAAAAAAAAUAUGAGAAAAUUUGUUUUGUCGGAACAUUUGAUGUAUGAAUGCCAACCAUUCUGUUGAUGUUGGUUUGUUAUUUUGGGUUUUUAUCCAUCAUGAAAAGAAAUCAGAUUUUUUUUUUUUUUUUUUAGUUCACACAACUUUUUUUUGAAGACUGAGAUAGAAAUUUGUUAUCAGCCUUAGUGUUAGGAUCUUGUCUUGAGAAAUGAAAUUUUAUGAAAAUAUUUACACAUAUUUCCCGUUGAAUAAGUCGAGCAAUACAUACAAUAAAUCACUCUAUACACAGCUAUAAUACGUGCCAAUUUGUACCUAUAUAUGGCUUUAUAUGGUUUUAUCGAGUGAGAAAUGCGUUUUAUCUGAACUAGUUAGAUAAUUCUAGUGAUUGGUUGUGCUGAAAAUGUGCUGGAAUUAGGACAAUUAUGAAUCUGAUUAUUUCCUUUUAAGAACAAAGAACAACUAUGCCACGUGUCAACAAUAUUUUACUGUGUCAUAUAACUUAUGUAACUAUCAGUUAAGAUAAAUCUAAUGUCUUGUACUAUUUAAAAAAAAAAGAUCAUGAAAUUAUAUUUAAUAAAUUUGGUUUAAACUCAAAAUUUUGAGUAUUGGGAGAAACAAGGGGGAUAGCAGGCAGCAUAUUUUGAAGGAAUUUAUGGUUGUAGAUGGUAUCUGUUAAUGUACUUACUCAGAGUGUAUAUAUUUUACUCUAAAGUGUAAAUGGUUAAAACUUAAUUGUAAGUGAAACCCUCAUUCUAGUCGUGAAUUUUAAAAUGAAAAUAUUAGAAAUUUUGAAAGAUUUUGUUUUUGUUUUAGUAAAGUUACAGAAUUUUUAUCCUAACCUGUUUCUCCUGCCACUGUUUGUGUUAUGUAUUGUUGUGUCAAAUGUAUACUUUUUUAUGAAAGAAAAGUUUCAAAACUAUUAUGAUCUUGUUUUUUGUGAAUAUUGAAAUGGCAACAACACUGCAAAAGAAGGUGCUGCUUUAAAACCAUUUGGUAUUUUUACAGAGCAUGUUAUGAAAGUUCUGCCAUUCUAUACCAUAUGGUGCAUUUAAAGCAGCAUUUUAUGUUAAAUGUUAGGAUCCAUGUUUACUGGAAUUAGAAACACUACCAAUCAAGAUACAUAAUUUAAAUAAGUUUAAACCCUAGUACAUUGGCAUUAAGAAAUUUUCAUUUCAAACAGUAUUCAAGUUUGGGAGCAAUAUAUUACGUUUCAGAUAUUGUUACUUAAUAUGAAAUACAUGUACCACCAACACUGAAAAGUGAAAUUAUAGACUUUGAUAAACCUGCAACAUUUCACAAGUGCUUUCUGCCAAAAAAUACGUUAAAUUCAGACCAACAGGAAGUAACACUGAGAAAAAAAUAACAAGUUGCACUUUUGAAAUUCAUUCAGAUAAACAGUAGUUUUUAAAUUAUUGACCGGCAACCAUGUUGUAAAAGUACAUCGAAAUUUCACUUUGGACUUUCAUGUUUGUAAAAUGAACAAAUAUUAAUCAACGGCAUUCUGUCGUCUUGAUGUUUUCCCAGUGUUACAUUUAUGAUAGAAAAAAUGAUCUCAAGAGUGUCUGUUUUAUAAUUAUUAUAAGUAUAGUGUGUACAGUAUUUCUUCAUAUAUUAUAUUAAAAAAGACGUUUUUUUUAAUUCGUUUACUAUACAUAUCAUUACCUCAUUAUGGAAUAUAACUAAGGUAAAUAAUCAAUAUUAAUUAUUGUAAUAAUAAUUAUGCUGAAUUUUUAUUCAAGAAAUGUUUGCUUGUUAUUUGAAAAUACAGCCAUUUCAUCUCAUCCCCAUUAAAUGUUAGCUAUGAUUAUAAUAAUGUUGUGGAUGUAUAUAUCUCAAAAUUUAAAUGAACCCCAGCUCUUGUUGUCCUGGAUAAAGAAUCUUCGAUAUUUGAAUAUCCUGCAAAGGGUUUUUAAUUGAGCCAUUUUGAUCCUCCAGUGGCUAAGAGUAUAAGACUAAAUGUUGGCUAUUCAUUAUGUGAUGUUUAUUGCCUAAUCAACAUAAUGCUAAAACAAAAUGACUAUUAUAAUUGUUCUUUCACAUUUUUGUACUUUAUGCUUAAUCACUGUACAUUAUAAUAAUUACCUUUUUUGUCUAAUUAUAAUUUGCUUUAUUAUUCUUUAAAACUAAGCAGUAGGACUAAUUAUCUGGGACAUGUAGAUCACUAUAAAUUUUGAGAUAUAUACAUCAUCACAUUUUAAUGGAUACUAUUUGUGUUAUGGGUGUGUCUGAAAGUUGUUGCAGUUUUCUAUUGUCAUGUAAUUGUAUAGAACCCAUGAGAAAUUCAUUGUGUUCUUAUAUAUUAUUAAUUAUGUUUAGACAUAAUUAUUUAAAAAAAAAAAAAAAAAAAACAAGAGAAAAAA